UUCUCCCGGUAGUGGGAGGGGCUACUAUUGAGCAGACGUGGCAACGCUCGACGUCAUCAAAGUGGGUCCGUGGUUGAUGGGCUUGAGCUAGUCAAGCUAGCAGCUAGAUUCUGCUCCCCAUAAGUGGACAUUGAAGGCCAGGAGAUGAUGGAAGAGAGUGGGAUUGAGACUACACCUCCAACCAGCCCUACACCCAGUGGGGGUGCAGCAGCCUCAGUCAACUCCCCACCAAUGAGCAUGGGUCUGUCAAGCCCCAUUCCUGCUGCAGGCACCAGUUCAGUGGCCAUUACUACCCACUCAGUCAGUGGUCCUCCCCCACCUGGUCCCCCCCAUCCCGCUUUUAGCAGCCCCAUGGCUCCACUGUCAAUUUUUCCUCCACCAUCUUCACUUGCUCCUCCUUUCAGCACCACCUCUUCCUUCCCCUCUGUACCUUCCGUUUCUGUGCCCCCCCUGUCCUCUUCUACUGGACCACCUCCCUUGUCUUCUGGUGCACCUCCCGUUGGGCCGCCUAUUUCCGGCUAUUUCAUGAGCGCAGGAUAUGACAUCACACGGGGACAUGCUGGUCGAACACCACAGACACCGCUGAUGCCAACGUUUUCCAGUCCUUCUGCUAUUUCAGGUGCAGUGUCCAACCCCAUGGUUCAGCAGCCUGUCAUGACAGGAGGUUUGGAUGCCAGAUCCCCUAUCACAUUUCCAGAAGAGCAGGAAGAUCCCAGAGUCUCUGCAGAGAAUUCUGGUGGAGGAAUAUGGGGCUUUUUUAAGGGAGUUGCAGGGAACCCUGUCGUAAAAACAGUCCUGGAUAAGACCAAACAUUCCGUAGAGUCUAUGAUCACUACUCUGGAUCCCGGCAUGGCUCCAUAUAUAAAGUCUGGAGGGGACAUUGACAUUGUGGUGACUUGCGAGAAAGAAGCGAAUGUUGAUGCAGUUCGGGAUGCCUUUCAGGAGGUGUUUGGGAUGGCUAUGGUCACUGGGGAAAAUGGUCUGUCCAACAUUGCCCCACAGCCUGUGGGCUACGCAGCUGGGAUGAAGGGGGCUCAGGAGCGCAUUGAUGGUCUCAGAAGAUCCGGGGUGAUCCAUGAGAAGCAGCCUGUGGUCUCUCUGGAAAACUUUAUUGCUGAGCUCUUUCCUGAGAAGUGGUUUGACAUUGGCUGUUUGAUCCUAGAAGACCCUGGUUAUAACAUCAGAGUGGAGGUCUUCACCCAGGCAAUUCCUCUGGCUCUGGAACAUGUCCAGCAGGCGCAGUCCCUGACUCCUCCAGACUACAGCCUACGUUGGUCUGGUCUUACAGUUACUGUGGGUGAGAUCCUGGAGCGCAAUCUGCCCAACAUCAAUAGAACAGAAUGGCAUUUGGCCAUGACAGGGAUGACACAAAGGCAGAUGAUCCAGAGUGCUGCCAGAGCCUUGGCUGGAAUCUACAAACAGAGGCUGCCUCCUAGAACGACAUGAGGCUUUACCGCUUUCUGUGUGUUUCUCAUCUAUUGAGGACUUCCAGACAUUUUGAAGGAACACUAGCUGACCGCUACGUGGUAUGUCGUUUUUUUAUUUCCUCAGUGGGCAAAGCCAGAUGCUCGUCUGUGAAGAUUAGUGUUUAUUGACAUUCCAGCCCAACAGGAUUUUACUGUAGCAUAUCACUUACAAACGUCAUCUCAAGGAAAUUAUUUCAAGUUUAUGCAUUGUGAUUUAUAUUAAUGAUGGAACAAUAUUAUUUUAUGCGGUAUAUUGCCAUUGUUACCUGGUGUGUACCCGUGUUUGACAGCCAAAAACGGUCAAAAAAAUAUGCUUCUGAAAAAUCCAGAGUAUCGAAAUGAAUGAUGGAGACAACCCCCCCAGCCCACAUUAGCUCCUUUAAUUGAACAGAUGGGUGCAGUUAUGCACAUUCUCCCAAACUUGCUUUUCAUAAUUCCUAAAAUUGCCGAAAAAAGGGAGGUACGCUAUUUUGCACCACCACAAAUUUCCUAAAUGAGACCGCAGAUUAUUGAUGAGUGGAGUAAAAUUGUAGCCAUGCGGGACUCGGAACUCCGAGUGGUUCCCUGCUGUACAGAUAAUAUAAUAUGAGUCUGUAAACACUGACAAAUGCUACUAGCCACAAUGCUACUUGCUACUUUAUGGGUCAGUCUCCUGAAUGGGUGACACAGCAAGGAAAACCACCUCCAGGUUUUUGCUUUUACUUCAAACAACCCUCAUUAAACAACAAAACAAUGGACAUUCAGGAUAUCAUAAGAUUACAUUUUAAAUAUCCCUAAAUUGUCACAAACAUGCUCCAAAACUCAGAAGCAGAAGCAUGAUGUAUUAUUAAAAAAAAAAAAAAAAAAAAAACAUGGUCACACGUAUCCCGGACAUUACGCCAUAUUGCGUUUGGUGCACAAUGAGGUGUUAUAUAACAGCGGCUGAAACAUAAGUCCCCCUCUUUCGUAUUAUUUAUUUCAUCGUAUUUGUGACAAACUUUGCAUGUCACAAAAUUAUGGUCCCAAAGUUGACAUCAGAUUGUUUUUUUACACACAACAGACACAAAUAAAAUAUGUUUCCCGUGUUUAUUCAGUGGGCUUGCAGUAUAUUUCCAUUGGUGGAUAGCUGCAAGUCACUGUGGCCAUGCCCCUUAAAGUGACAGCGCCCUCUUUGGUACCCCUUUCAGUAGAUUGACCCAUAUACGGUGGAUCCUCGCAUAUUUGUGGAUUUUCGACAAUUUGUUGGAUAAUAAUCUCCAAAAUGAAACCAUUUUGAUUAAUCAAGUUAUCAGUUUGGCCUUAGCCGGCCCAAAUCAAUAUGAACCAUAAACAGUUAGUGGUUUGGCCCACAGCAUAUGAUUAAUUGGAUAAUUGACUAAUCAUUGAGUCAAUAAAUGUUGCAGCUCUACCUUGAUAUUUAUUGUGAGACAUGAACAUACAUCUUUCUCUUUCCUGUGCAUUCUAAAGAUAUAAAAACAGCUCAAAUGUGGCAGCUCAUGAUUGCACGUAAUGGGACACACCUAUUCCACCUAGAAAGUCUGCUAUUAAUAUAAUGAUAUCCUUAUUAUGAUAACACAUAAUACUUACAGUUUUUGGCUGUAUUUUGGUCAUUUUAAGCAUGACGGGAACUUCCUUCCUGGGCACAGCAGCAGUGGCAGUGCCCAAAGGGCAAAGGGUUACUUUAUUGUUAUUUUGGGGUGCACAGUGAGUGAGGCAGACAUUUGGUUUGAUGACCCCUUAAAUCAACAAGAACACAACACCUGCAAAUCGUGGGGAAGUGCCAUAUACUGUAUACAUAUAUUAAUAUAGAAUGUAUUACAUUAUUUUUCAGUAGCAUUUGUGCCUAAGACAUGCCAAAAAGCUUACCUUAUUGAAAAAGCGAUGUCGCCAAUGUAAGAAAAAUGUAUGAGAUAUUCAAAUGCGGGUUUGUGUGUCACCGCACAGUGUAGACUGUGUUUACAUGCACGCAACUGAGUAAGAAAGACAGGUUGAAAAGUUACAUUACGUUUCUCUGUGAUUGUUACUUUCACUGUGUGUGUGUGCUAGAGGCUAACCUUGUGUUUGAAUUGCAUAAGUACCGUAAAUGCUCCAAUUUACACCGUGGCUCAAGGCAACCUCUUCAUGUCGUUAUUAACUCCACAAGAUGGCAGUAGCCGCAAUUGUUGCAUCGUGAGUGUUUCGUAUCGAGCAGCUUGAUUUGCCUCUGCAUGCGCUUGAAAACAUCCAUGGCGUUGCUCAGCUGACACAUGCCAUACUGUCAUGCUGCUGUUUACAUAUGAACUCUUUACUGGUAUGACAACAUUGUUUCUGUUGAUGCUGUGUUGUGCAACAUACUUGUUAAUAAAUGACCGUGUGCUCAAAGAGAACUGUUUUCCAUUCCACUUUCUUGUGUACUCUAAGUGAUUAUUGUAUUAUUAUAUAUGAGUUUUUGUCCAAUGAUAACUUGCAGUUUAAAAUUGGAGCAUUUAUGGCACAUGUCUUUAAAACAACACUGAUUUGAUGUUUUUUUCAGAAUAUGGAACACAAGCACAAUGAUAAAAAAAACAAAAAAAACUAGCAGUGGAAUUUUGGUGUUCAUUAUUAAUCCAUGCAAAAGGUGAAUCUUUCUCAUAAGAAAUCAUGUAAAUCCAAUUAAUCCGUUCUAGACACCCAAAAAUAUGAACACAAAACUCAUUUUUACAGAGUAAUUAUGUGCAGAAAAAAUGCAAAAUACACAUAAAUCACAAAUUACAUCCCUUCUAUUGAAGACUUGGUGACCACGGUGACGAGCAGAGGGGACGGAAGAGCCAGGCUGACACGUUUUUAAAGAGCGGACUGUUUGAGCUGUAUACUUGUAUGGUCAACUUCAGCAGUAGUUCCAAUCAUCACUACAGAUACUUACACUGGUCCUCCUGCAACCUGUGUUAAAGGUUCCUACCUUUACAUUACAGUCCCAUUGCAACAGACGCUACUUUCAUUUUUACUAUGACUUCCUUCUUGAAUUCUCACCUUCCAUAUGAAAGUUCACCAGUUUGUCAGGUUGUUAGAUGCACUGUUGAGCUGGUGUGAGCUUGGUUUGGUGUGUCAUGUGCUUCCGUCUGCAUGCCACACGUCGUUGUGCCUUGUGUAUGACAUCGUUUUCAUCUGGAUGCAACUAUUUACUAAUCAGGCAUGCUUUGUUUUUUAUUUUGCUUGUGUAAAAGUGCAUUUUGUCUAAUGAGCGGGAAUUAAGGCUAUUUGAGCAAUGCAGCAGCAUGAAUAAGAGUUUUGGUGCAAAUAAUGUUCUGUU